AUGAUGUCAGACAAUGGACGAACACUUAUUGGAGCAAAGCGUAGUCUCAAUCUCAUCACAAUUCUCGGAGAGAUAUCUGAAGACAUCAGCAGGAAAUAUACCGUCCAUGGCCUCACCUGGCAAUUUAUUCCACCAUAUGCACCCCAUAUGGGAGGACUCUGGGAAGCAGCAGUGAAGAGUUUCAAAAUCCACUUCACGAAAAUCGCGAGCAAUCAUAAGUUCACAUUCGAGGAAUUCACUACUCUUCUCGUGCGCAUUGAAGCGGUCUUACACUCCAGACCGAUCUCCCCAAUGUCGCAAUACCCAGACGAUCUGAACGCUCUAACACCAGGUCAUUUUCUGCGCGGAGCCCCCAUACACUCAAUCCCAAAACCAACCUCGGAAAACCUGUCACUCAUAAACAAAUGGCAAAGGCUGAAAGUUCUACACCACCAAUUCAGCAAACGAUGGAAGACAGAAUAUUUGCAAGAAUUACACAAACGAAAUAAAUGGAAAGGACAGGAAUCCAAUCUCCGUGAAGGAGAUCUCGUCAUCAUUAAAGAUGGCCUUCUACCACCGAAAGAGUGGAAGUUAGGUCGAAUUGUAAACCUCCAUCUCGCCCCCGAUCAGAAUGUUCGCGUGGUCGACAUACGUACUCAAAGCGGUAUAGUCACUCGCAACACCACUUAA